AUGGAAGCGGCGGCGCCUCGCUCGCUGCGCGUCCAGCGGCUCCUCCUGGACCCCAAGUUCGAAGGCUACAAGCUGUCCCUGGAGCCGCUGGCCUGUUACCAAGCGCCGCUCGAGUCACCUGUAGCAGAAGUCAGACUUCGAGAUGAGCAGUACACCCUAGAGCACAUGCGUGCCUUCGGCAUGUAUAAUUACCUACAGCUCGAUUCCUGGCACCAAGAUAAUGUUUACUAUGUUGAUCAACUUGGAAGAGUCAUGAAUUUAUCUGUUACUCUGGACACUGCUUUGAAAAAGCCGCGAGAAGUGUUUAGGCUUCCUGCAGACCUGACAGCUUGUGAUAAUCGGCUUUGUGCCUCGAUGCAUUUUGCGUCUUCCACCUGGGUGACCCUUUCCGAUGGAACGGGGAGGCUGUAUCUGCUCCGAACAGGCAAGCGUGGCGAAGGUGCCAGCGAAAAAUGGGAAAUAUUAUUCAAUGAAGAGUUCGGAAGUCCCUUUGUUGUAGUCCACAGCGUCUCCUGUGUGACAUCCGAUUCACAUUCCAUAAGUGUGCUACUCCUGCGAGUGGAGAAAGAUGAAUUGGACGUGCAAGGCAGUGGCUUCCAUGUUUCAUUGGAGUGGGUUACAAUUAGUAAAGCUGCUAAAGAGGGUGUCCAAGAGUAUGAGGUUUCUAAGCGUUGGGUUCUUCAAGGAAAGUCGGUUCCUCAUUACGCAGCCAUAGAGCCCAGCGGCGAAGGUCUGAUGGUCGUCUCUUACAAACCCUUCGCAUUUAUAAAGCAGAACUGUGAGAACAAACAUGAGGAAAACGGAAAGGGGAAGGAGGAAGAAAAAAAAGAGCCCCUCUACUACUGGCAACAGAGUGAAGAAGAUUUGACAGUCACUUUUCGCCUACCGGAAGAAUUCAUAAAGGAGGAUGUGCAAAUUCGCUUUUCUCCGGAUUCUAUCAGCGUAGCGCUGAAAGAUCCACUCCUUCCUCUGUUGGAAGGAACCCUUUAUUCGUCAAUUGACCAUGAAAGCUCAGCAUGGAUAAUUAAAGAAAAUAGCAGUUUGGAGAUAUCCUUGAUUAAGAAAGAAGAAGGAUGUAUGUGGCCAGAGCUGAUCGUUGGUGAUUCUCGGGGGGAAUUAAUCAUGGACCCUGCCCAGAGCAAAGCAAUUGCUGAGCGGCUGUUGCAUCUUACCUCUGAAGAAAUGAAUCCAGACCCUACCAAAGAAAACCCUCCAUGUAAUGCUCAGGAGCUGGAAGAAUGUGAUAUUUUCCUUGAAGACAGCACAAGUUUGUGCAGAUUCGAUGGUAACACCCUGAAGGUCACCCAUGUGGUGAAUCUUGGGAGCAACCAGUAUCUCUUCUCAACAGUGGUGGAUCCCAAGGAAAUGCCUUGUUUCUGCUUGCGCCAUGAUGUCGAUGCUCUUCUCUGGCAGCCACGCCCAGAUCAGCAGGACAUGUGGGAGCACGUUUCUACUUUCAAUGCCUUAGGUUACGUGCAAGCAUCCAAGCGAGACAAGAAAUUCAUGGCCUCUGCCCCAAACCAUUCCUACUCCGCCCUUUGCGAGUGCCUGAGGCGAGUGUUUAUCUAUCGGCAACCGACUCCUCUUUCCACCGUCCUCUACAACAGAAAGGAAGGAAGACAAGUAGGGCAGGUUGCUAAGCAGCUGGUAGCAACUCUGGAAAGCCACGAUCCGGUUUUGGGGUUUCAAGCAACGAACGAGAGAUUAUUUGUUCUCACAACAAAAAUCCUGUUUAUAAUAAAAGUAAGCACUGAGAAUUAAAGGCCAAAUCUCUCCUCUCGACUUCUCUGCAUUC